CAGUAGAUCUAGUUCGAGGAUUGGCCUUGUUUGGCCUACUCCUGACCUUCAAUCCAGCAGUUAGUCAGAGAUAACACUGUGCUCUCAGGUCGUGGUUAAUCUGACAGCACUUGUGUCUCUUAUCUAGUCUGCUCUCCAAGCUGUGUCGUUCUGCUUCCCAGGGCUACUUUGUCAACUUAGAUCUAGUCGUUUUGUAACCUCAAUUGGUUCCGAUACCGGGAACGGUCCCCCCAUACACACAACCAGCAAGGCUUCGUCUGUUGCUCAGUCUCAGUCUUGUACUUAUACGUGUGGUGGCAAGGUGUAGAUCUAGAUUAGAUCUUUAUUCAAGAUGGAUCGUGUUUUGUUGAAAGGCACUGACCUGAAAGUCUCUCCCGUUUGCUUGGGAACAUGGCAAUUUAACGACGGCAAAUCUAACAUACAGUGGCCUGUUCAAAGUGCUGAGGAAUCCAAAGCAAUCGUUGACAAAUGUUUUGACUUGGGAAUCAAUUUCUUUGACACAGCUGAGGGUUAUGCUGGCUCUGAAGCAGUGUUGGGGAAAGCCCUCCUUGGCCGUCGACAAGACGCUGUUGUGGCCACAAAGUUCGGCUUCAGGGAGGGUCCCCAGACGCCACCCUACUCGGCCCAGCAGAUUGACGAGGCCAUCACCAGGUCAUUACAGAAGCUGCAGACCUCAUAUGUAGAUGUUCUUCAGAUUCAUUUCCCCAGCUUUGUGAAGGAUCCAAAAGAAACGAUUGCUGAGCUGAACAGACAAGUAGCCUUGGGAAGGAUCCGCUACUAUGGAUUUUCCAACUACGGUCCCAAAAACAUGAAGGAGUUCAUGGAGGCUGGAGGGAAACCAGUGGUUAACCAGAUUGGCUACAACUUGUUGUGGAGAUCAGCGGAGCACGCCAUGAUUCCAGACUGCAUCAAGUACGACAUCAGCCUCCUGGCCUACUCGCCGCUACAGCAGGGACUGCUGGCAGGGAAGUACGCCAGCCUCAGCGAGGUACCAGAGGGCAGGAGGAGAGGCAAGCUGUUCUCCAAGGACUCAACCUCGUUGUCUCGACAUGGACAAGAAGGUGCUGAACAGGAGGUAGAUGAGGCACUGAAGAAAAUGGCAGAGAUCUGCCAGAACGCCGGAGUGCAGAUGUCUAAAGCAGCCUUGUCGUGGAUUCUUCAACAAGAAGGGAUCGAUGUUGUCAUCGUCGGCGCCAGCACACCGCAGCAGAUGGUGGAGAACAGUGAAGUUAUCAAACUGAGCAACGAAGUUGUCCAGCAACUGAGAGAGGUCACGGAACCCGUGAAGGCAAAGAUUGGCUUGUCCCUUGACCAGUGGGCACCCCAGGACCGUUGCGAAUAGACCAAUGAUGUGGCACGGACCAUUUAGAAUUGAGGUCUUGAGGUUGAAAAGGGGUUAUUUAUGAUUUUCGAAAGAAAAAAUUAGUUUUUUGAAUAAAGUUCCGACUUUCUCAAAUAUCAACAUUGUAGUUUCAAGUGGUUUGAUGCUCAUUAGCGAUAGUUCCGAAAAUUCUAGGUGUCUAAAUAAUGGGUACUUCCAGAGCAAGAGGUAUUUCAAUCCUAGUAUCAAUAUUUUUAUUAGAAGUAAAAAUAAAAGUUCAUUGUUCAUUACUUUUGUAAGGCUGUAAUGACAGCGUCUAUUGGUAUGUUUAGAAAUGCAUAAUGUCUGCUGGAGGAUAUUAUUUCUUAUGCUUUCUCUAUUAACGCACAAGCAUUUUGCUUUUACUUGUUGGAGGGUUACUUAUUUUCGUGAGACUUUCUUCAAUGGAGUUAUAUACUUCACUUGUCUUGGAGUUGAAAAUCCUUUUUCAUGCAUAUGUUUCUUCCUGCAACAGGAUUUCAAUGUAUCCUACGAUGUAUUACAUUUUCACUGAAACAGUCAUUACUUCAAAAUGACAAUGAUUUGUUUUAGAGUGGGGGGAAGGGGGGGGGGGGGUGGUUCUGGUUCUGUUUGUUGGGGAGGGGGGUGCAUUAGCUCAUGCAGUUGUAGAUGAAUUUUUUAAAUUAUUUAAUUGUUGUUAUCUUGCGGUUUCAGUGAUGUCUAUUUUUCUUCUGCUUAUAGUUUCAAACUUCAACAAGUGUAAAUGUCACUGAUUAAUAAUAAUAAUACUUACAGUACCAGUCAUGUUGGUAUGCGUAGAGUUAAAAGGUUACUAGAUUAUACUAGACAGAGUACACUAUUUAGAAAGUGAAUUCUAAUUGAUGUUUUUUUUUAAAAAAGACCAUUUUUUGAUUUGUUGAUGUUAAUUUGAGAUCCUGUUUUUCUUAUUUAAAACAGGACUAUGAUAUAACAAAAAAAGAUACUGCUUUGUGUUUUGGCUUUUUUCCCCCCCUCUGAUUAUUUCUUUUUUUCCCCUUUGUAACAAGUUCGCAUUGCUUGGUAUGUGUUGGAAGAGGGGAAAGAUGGGGAUCUGGGGAUCAGUCUCGUGCAACAGCGAAAAACUCAAGUCUCAUAUUAUUUGUUCAUCCCACUUUUUAUAUGUUUACUAAAAUAAACAUGUUGAUUGCCUGAAAC